AUAAGCUGAUCAGAGAGCCUGUCCACGUAGGACAUUAUAAUCGUCCAAUCACAUUACAGUUUUUUUCCACGUUAGAUUGUGGUUGUAUAACUUGGGCUUACCGAUUUCUUUUGUUAAUAUGUCGUGUUACAUUAUUGGCCCAUGUAGCCCAUCAGAUUUGCGAGACGGACAUCUGAUACCUCACCUCUUGAUCUCGCCCUUUCUCAUUUCUACGCACCCUAAUUUUCAGAUCGAUUCAUCACCCCUUUGCUCUUCCUUUUCUUUGUUCUGUUCCUUUGCUCUUCCACUUCUUCUUCCGUUUCACGAUCUGACAAACGAACAAUCGAUACAUCUCCCUUCACCCUCAUUUAUUUAUGGCUUCUCUAGGCUUUUCUCAUUCAGAUUUAAUUUAUAAAACUCUUGAUCAGAGCUUUAUUCCGAUUAAGCUUCGUUGUCUAUUCUCAUUAGUACAUUGCGAUGAGUUCCAUCGGAAAAUCCACGUUUGCAAGUGAUUCCAACUCGGAGAAACCAAAAGGCGUUGAGGCUGACUCCUUACCCGGACCGAUCAAGCCCAUCGGUGCACCCUAUGUCUCUUCCGGCCUCACGAUCGGCGAUCCCCACUCGAAGACAGCCAAAGGCCAGACGUCGGUCUCCUCCGGUCUGACUAAACCCAUCGGCAAGAACCUCAAUGGUACGAUCAUUCACACCACGAAGACCGGUGUCUCUUCAGGCGUCAGAGGCAAAGCUGCUGUCUCCUCUGGCGUCAAGGGAAAAGCCAUUGUCUCCGAUGUUGGGGAAGUGAUGGCUUUCAAAGAUGUGAAAUUCGGACCUAAUCAAGGCGAGUUGAGGUUUCGGUUGAUCCAUUUUUGGGAAGCUAGAAAUGUUCUGACGAAGGUGAUUAUUGGUCUCGAGAUGCUUCUCAUCGACCAAGAGGAAACUGUUAUCCAGGGCUUCAUUCCAGCUGGGAGGAUAGAGACUUAUUUGCCACACAUGGAAGCUGGUGGCAUUUACAGGCUCAACAGUUUUUACGGGUCUAAGAACAAGACUUUGUAUCGGGUAGCCGACCCAAGUGUCACCAUCACCUUCUCAUCGACUUCUGUCCUCUCUGAUCUAGAGGACAGUUUGGUUUGUAUCCCUGAGGACCGUUUCCGGUUCCGUGGAUAUGAGGAGUUCGAUGCUGCUUGCGACUUGAAAGGGGAUCUUUAUGAUUAUGUUGGCCACAUCAAACUUGUGAAUGGGCAGGUUCUUAGUGACAGUAUCGUGAUAGAUGAUGCUGAGAUAGCUUCAUCCCGCCGAGUUCUGCUUCAUGUUCAAACUCAUGAUGGUCCGGUGAUGAAGUUGUACCUAUGGGAUAAGGCUGCUUUUGACUUUAGUGGAAAAAUUAAAGCAUCUGGAGGAACUGCACGUGUUAUUUUGGUCACCACCUUAAACCCGAAACGAUUUGGAGGUGCCCUAACUCUCUCCACUAUGACAUCAUCACGUGUAUUUUUGGACAGUGAUGUCCAAGCAACCCGUGAUUAUCUCACUUGGUUGAACUCGAACUUAGCUGUUGCUAACAGAGUUGAUGCAGACGUUGUCACUAAGACUGAGACAGUGACUAUAGGCGAGCUCUUUUCCUUUAUGAAGCAAGAAGCUGCCAAGGUUGCUUGGUUCGAGUGCAUAGCAACCAUUGGUGAUGUUGCGCAUGGUUCAGCAUGGUAUUACAUAGGCUGUGGUGUGUGCCAUACUAAGGCAACCAAAGGGCCUACCACCCUUAUGUGUAAAAAAUGUGGGAAAAGCGAUAUUGUUGGUGUUGCACAGUACUUAGCCAGGAUCUCUGUCUACGAUAAUGAUGAUCAUGCGUCUUUUGUUCUCCUUGGUGAUGCUGGUCAUGAGUUGACUGGAAAGAAAGCUUCUGAAUUGGUUGAGAGUUAUUUCGAGGCCAAUGAGGAUGUAGGAGAUGAUCAUUUGGUCCCGGUGCCUCAAGCUCUGAUCGAUUCCAUAGGACAGACUCACAAAUUCAUUGUGAAGGUAUCAAAUCACAAUUUGACCGGCAAGACCCAGUCUUUGACUGUGACAAAGGUGCUCACUCCAGAAGUUCUAGAACUUGAAGGCAAUUUAGUAGGAAAUGUGAUUUUACCAGAUGCCCAUGAACCUUUGCAGAAGGGAGUUGCUGAGGAUGGUCCUUCCACACGUUUUGAAGAAUCUGAUGGUCAGGGGGUGAAAAGAACUGCUGAUAAUGUUGAGGCAGAAGAUCCCAAGCGAGCCAAAUGUGGCUAAGGUGUGUUAAGUGGUGGUUUUAUGGUUACUGAAACUCUAUGCUUUGUUUUUUUUUUUCCAAUUUCAGACUUUAUCUUUGCAUCAUUGACUAUCUUUCUUAUGAUCUGUGUUGGCUAUACUAUGUACAAUGAUCUCUUUUUUUGAGUUCAAUGUUUGAUCAUUUUAGUUUCA